CGUGCGCUCCAUGGAGUAGCGGCGCGCGCGCAGGCUCGGGCGCGGCGGGCGCAGGACCCGGCGCCGCGGGAAACUUGAGCGCGGGGCCGGGCGGUCGGGGCGGCCGCGGGCUCGACAGCGCUCCCGCCCGCGCUGCCCCGCCGUCCAGCCCGGGCGCCGGGCACCGCUCUCGAGCGCACGAUGCGCGGACCCGCGCGGCCGCUCCUGCUGGCGCUGCUGCUCGUGCUGGGGGCGGCGCGGCCCGGCCCGGGGGUCGCCGAGCCCCGCGCGGCUGCCGACCGGCAGACGCUGCUGCGGCUCAUCGUGGAGAUCAUCCAGGAGCUCAAGCGCCACCACUCCGGGGAGCCCAAGCGGCUGCAGCUGCUCGGCGCGCGGGAGCUGGGGGACCCGGCGGGGCCCCCCGAGGAGCAGCGAGUGGAAAUUGUUCCUCGUGAUCUGAGGAUGAAGGACAAGUUUUUAAAGCAUCUUACUGGCCCUCUGUACUUCAGCCCCAAGUGCAGCAAACACUUUCACAGACUCUACCACAACACCCGAGACUGCACCAUCCCAGCAUACUACAAGAGGUGUGCUCGGCUCCUGACCCGGCUGGCUGUCAGCCCCAUGUGCAUGGAGGGAUGAGGACUGACCAGGACUGAGCCGGAGCAGCAGACUGGAUGCCCCUCACCAUGCCGGGCCUGGGAGCCAACCUCUGCCUCCUCUGGAAGCUCAGUAGUGAACGGCCCCCACUCUUCCGCAUCCCCUCACUGCCUGGUGGUCUGUGCUUAGAACUGUCCAUGGGCAGUUUCAAGAAGCAAGUUGCUAGCACAACUUAAUGUACGUUCAUGAUUUUGAAAAUAAAUAGUAUGUCAGUAGUUCAGGUAUGCCAUAUAGAGCAUUAGAAGGCUGUCUGCUUUUGUUUUGUGAACACUGAGAUAGGAGGCCAGUCAGCUGUUUCCCAGGGUCGGCACAAACUUAAGGUAGUGUCAGUCAGACACAGCAAAGCAAACCACCGUUUAGAUCACUUCCAUUCAUCAGAACAUUUGCUCCUUCAGCAGACAGUGACUAUAGAACCCAAGUGAUGAUUUCUCACAGUAAUAGCGUGUCAUCUAUUUUGGGACACGGAGACACUCAUGCACACUGAGCCUCUUUACUCUGCACACUGACGACACAGAACUCCCCAUGUAGGCCCUGACGAGCAGAUGCCGCAGUGGUGGCGGAGUGCAGUCCUUGCCCAUCCCAGCAGCAGCACAGCACGGAGCUGCUCCCACCUUGACCUUGAAAAGUGCCUUGGAACCCAAAGGGAGGUGCCUGCUGCCUCCACGGACGUGCCCCGGAUGAACAAGAGAUUUAUUUUUGCAGACAUGCUCCUCGAAAUUCCCUGACUGAGUGUGGAGUGCUGCUGACAGUUUGUGGAUGAGUUCAGUCAGUGUACUUGACAAAGACACUGUUCUGCACCAUGACCCGGGCAGCGCUCGUGGUCCUCGUCAGGAAAAUCUUGAGGAUUUCUUUAGAAACUUAAGCAAAGUCAAACUAUAUUUUCAUAGAGCAUAUGGUAUGGUUUACUAUUUUUAUUACUUUACAAUUAAAUUUCCACAAUAUUAUUUGGAAUUGCAUGAAAAACCAGCCCUUUGGUGGUGUUUAGAGAUGCUAGAGUCUAAGUCUCGGACCACAGCCAGGCUUAGCUCCUUUCCCUUUGUGUAACAAAUGUAAAAUACUAUCGAUAACUGUGCAAUAUGUAGAUACUGUAAAUAAACACUAGAAAAAAACUAAAUGAAGUGUUGGUCAUAAAGAAGUAUUCAAUGGUUUGGAGAGAGUGCUUGCCUUGUGGCCAACCAGCGCUUGCUCCCUGGCACAUCUCAUUCUUUGAGACCCAUCAGCAGUGAUCCCUGAGCAAAGCCAGGAGUAAGCCCUGAGCAUUACCAGAUGUGGCCCCCUUCAAAACAAUUCAAAAAAUCUAAAACAGAAGUCUUCAAAGUCACUCCUAACUUCCUAACAUUAUUGCUGGAAUUAAUCAUUUAUACAUCUGUGAAGGAAAGGUCAUCAACAUUAUCAGAGGAAUAAAGAAAAUGGGAGGGCAAAGAAGUAUAACUGUAAAACGGUUUUGUUUUUUUUUAAAAGGAGGGCUCUCUACAUUAAAAACCUAAUUCCUUACCACAGAACUUGAUUUAGUAGCAUUCCAAAUAUUUAGCUCGUACAUGUACUUCUUGCAUGACUCUUCAUGGAAACCCUGAGCAAAGGGGACCCUCAGCACUUUUAAGCAGUCUCAGAUUUUUACUGGUUGAUACAUUUUGGAGAAAUCUGAUUGGAUCCAAUUUAUAAGGACAAGUAGUCUCUGUUAUAGCAGUGCGCUUUUGUGUCGAAGGGGCUGGGAAAGCACAGGGGGAAGGCUCUCGCCUUAAAUGUGGACACUCUGGUUCAAUCCAUGGCAAUGCAAGGUUCCCCAAGCUGCCAGGAAUAAGCCCUGAGAAUCACCAGGCAUGCCAACAACCACCCCACCUAAUAUUUUUUUACAAGAAAGAAGACCCAUAAGGACACUGCCCUAUUACUUGGGAUACCACUAUCAAAUUCCCACCUGGCAGAGUUUUCAGGUAGGAGUCUCAUCAUCUGUGAGUCCCCAUUAGCACAGUGACCCUGGCGGGUGGUAGAAGCUGCCCUGCUUGGCCUCCAGGCCAUCAAAUGCUCAGAACAGACAACAGGGCAGGCAGCCGUUAUUCCGUACUUCAGCUCCGGGGACGGGCAGGUAUGCGCCAGCUCUGCUAGUUAACACUAGGCAUCUCUGAGCAGCGAGAAGCUGGCCUUGCUGCAAGGGCCUGAGGAGCAGAGACCAUCUCUGACCAAAGGCAGGGGCCCAAGGAGCAGGGACCAACUCUCAGUGACAGUAGGGGCCUAAAGCAGGGACCACCAUUGACCAGCUGCAGGGGCCUGCAGCAGGGACUGCCUCUGACCAACUGCAGGGGCCUGUAGAGUAGGGACUGCCUCUAAUUGAACACAGGGGCCCGAGGAGCAGGGACCGCCUCUGACUGACAGCAGGUCCUGGAGCCAUUUCUCUAAACAGAUGCGACUGGUGCAUUUUGACACCACCCGAGGUCAUCUGGGAAGGAUGAUACAGGCAGUGUCAGCUGCUAUCCCACACUCAUCAACAGAGCCAGCAGGAAGGCACCAGACUGACUUCUUGGUUUUAAUUUUGAAGAUUUCUCAAUUUAAGAGCACCUUUUUACAUGGCUAGAUGAAUUUUAGAUUGGUUAUCUCAAAGUGCACAGAAGUUCCCUAGAUUUGCCUGAUAGUGAAGCACAGAUAAAAGAAUACAAUCAUCAUACCAAUAUUUAAGAAUUCUGUUAAGACCCCUGGUAUUUUCUCCCACCAAUCUGUAUUUGACAAUUGAGUUAUAUGUGCACAUGCAGGCAGGUAAGUGCCUCAAAGUGACCCUAAGAAAAGGCAACACCUGCAAAUUCACCUUCCAGGUGAAAAUUUUCGGGGCAAAGUGGUUUGACUCGAGACAGCCAGGAGUACUGAGAGGAUAAAUGGACCAGGCCAGGAGUGGGAGGGUGCUCAGGGACCUGUCCCACUCUCCUGCAGGACUCAGGGUGCAGGGCU